AUGGAGGAUAACAUAGAGUUGGACAACCUUAACCGACCGGAAGGGGCCGAAGGGGGUGAGGACGAAACAGUUAUCGAUGAUACACCUACUGACGAGGAUUAUUUCCUUUCAGGACUAGACGACGAUCAAAGACUAGACGAUGUAAAAACCUCCAGUUUCCGCGAGGAGAAUGAGAACGAUUCCUACAGGAAAAGGAAGAGACAGUUAGACGAACUGAGCACAUAUGGAAAAUUUGAUGACAUAAAGAUAGAAUACGUCAGAAGGCUUUUCAGAACUGAGUAUCGAAUAGAUCCGACCGACGGACGAAACUCUAAGGAAUUUAUAUCCAGUUUAGACAUCACCAAAAACAAGUUGACAUUUAACGGGGCCGAUGUCGCAUACAUUGAUACCGGCGGUACUUACAGAAUGUCCGAGAAUAAGAAGGCUACCGCAUCAUCAAGAAGAUUCCUUAAUCUGUACGAAAAAUCACUCGCCGAACACAGGGAAAGAGCCAAAAGUGUAGUCGAAGAGGAAACCGGAGGAGAGGCAUCGGGAGUAAAUGCGGAAGAGAUUUUCGAAGACGCUGAGGAGGAAUUCCGUCAGGAAGUCAUCAACGCAGGCGACAACCUUGUGGAACACGCAAGGGAGUUAGGGGAAAGGGGAAAAAUAACCACACAGGAGAGGAGGGAAUUUGCGGGAGUAACCGCUCCCAAAGGACCCCCUGAAGUCAGAAUUAAAGCCUUAAGGGAACAGAAGAAAGUAUUCGAAACCAAUAUAGAACUAGAAACAGAUCCCGAAAGACGACAGAUUAUGCAAGAGGGUAGGGAUGUUGCCGAACAGGGUAUAGAUAACGCCAACCUAGAGAUGGGCCAGCAACCCGAAACGGAGGAGGGAAAACAUAGGUAUAGGGAAAUAGUAAGAGAAAAUAUCAAGACAAAAUUAGAAAGAUUCCGCAAAUGGGCAAAGGAAAACCUAGGAGCACUAGCUGCCAUUGCUAUUUCUAUCGCCGGAAUCAUUACUACAAUUGUGGUGGCAGGAAAGACGACUAUCGUAGGAGCAUCCAAAGGGUUAGGAGCCGUAGGAAAAGCAUUAGCUGGACUUGCAAAAUCUGCACUACCAAUCCUAGUACCUAUUAUAAAUCUACUGAGUACUAUCCUAAGCUGGGGAGCUAAGGGUCUUGCCUUCCUUGCUCAGAACCUAUGGAUCGUAGCAGUUCUAAUUGCCGGAGCCAUAUACAAGUACCUACAAAUGAAACGGAGGAAAUAA